AUGCGGAUUCUCGACUCAUCGUCUACUUAUACCUGCCGUCCAGGAUGUUUUCGAGAUCUUCACACCUGGGUAAUUAGAAAACUUCGAUAGCGACACCUUUCGGCCAAUUAGCCGUCUCGAGAGGACCACUCGAGGGCUAACCUAUUUAUAGCGAAGAAAAAACAGCUUUUUGUCGUUUUGGCUCGAUUUUUUUCGUGAUGCUGUGGGUCCCUGUAGUUCUACUCUUUAUAUUUGUUUCGAGCACGUUUUCUGUGAGUUGUUUUACAGGUUCGAAGUCAAAAGAAAGUUGAAAAUUUUGCUAAAAUCUGCCUCUAUGUUUCCAGUUUCAAAAAAAAAUCCUUAGGAUAAAAAAAUAAUUUUUGUUUUUCAAAGCCUUAACGAAACUCUCUAUGAAAAUAUACAAAAUUGAAUAUAGAAAAAAAAAAAUUGAUCCGAUCAUUUUUUCAGUGCUCCGGAGGUUCAUCCGGCUGUUGCGUACGUAAUCAGCCAAAUAUUGUCCAAGUGGGUUUCAUUUAUUAUUUAUUACAACGAAAAAAGGUCUCUCCCGCUUUUUAAUCUUAUUUUUUACUUUUAACUCUUCUCACAAGUUGUAACUGCUUGAAAAUUGGCCAAUAAAACCAGAAGAAGCUCUUGAAAUUGUGUGAAACUGCUCAAAUUUAGUUGCUCAAAGCCCAAAAAUAGCCAAUUUCAACGUAUUUGGAGGGGUUUUCUGUGACUAUAAGUGAAUUUUUUUCAUUUUUCAGGUCUCUUGUGGGGGCCAGGCCGGCUGCCAGCCAGGCUACGGGUGUGGUCAGUACGGCUGUGCGAAACGGCGAGCUUUCGGGGGACUCACAAAGCGAAUUGUAUUUUUUGAAUAACUUCUAAAAUAUUCUUUCAUCUCAGGACGGAGUAAUUAUCGACGAGGAGGAGGGAGAUCAAGCCUGGCUGAGCCCUACAGCGAUCGCCUUGAAAGCGGAAAACGAGCAGGGCAAUUUGACAGUCCAAAGGCUCACAGUGAGUUCAAAGACAACUUGAUCGGCAAAAAAAAUUAAAAUAUUCUAGAACCCCAACUUCAUCUUUCACUCUUGCUGCGAAGCUCGAGGACUUCCUGACGCUUGUGUUGCUCACUGCCAUUACAAUACUUACACUGCUGAUAAGGUGAUUAUAAAAAAUUGAGAAGAGGAAAAUGUUUUUUAAAUAAAUACUUUUAUAAUAUUGUUUAGUAAAAUGAACUACCAUCAAUAAAGCUCCGUUCCAAAAAAACAAAAAAAUAAAAAAAUAAAUAAAGAAAACCGAUAUUUUCAGCUCGAAGCAAUGUUCCACAAGGAAGAUUCCUGUCCCCUUGACACUAUCAACGAAAUUCACUACUGUGCUGCUCAGGGUCUCGAUCAUAGGCCGGUCAGUCAAGAAAAAAACUUCAAGCGAUUCAACUUGUUUUCCAAAUAUUAUUGUAAGAAAAAAAAAACAUUAGAAACUAUAAAAUUCCUGAACUAAAUUUCAAAAAAUAAAAUGAACUGUGAAUUUUGAAUUGAAUCUACGCACAACUAACUUCACUGGCCAAUAACUCGUAAGUAAGGUCAUACCUGUAAAUUUUCAGGAAAAAUUCGGAAAAAGUGAAAAAAAAAUAACAGAAAAAAGAGCAUGAUUUCAAAAUUUCCGAAAAGCCAAACUGUAAAAACACUUAAAUUUAGAAAAUCUCCUUUCUCAACCAAACGCCUUAAAGAAUUGAGAGAAAGAAAACAAAAAACUUCGAAAAAAUAAAAACAAAAACGUGAAAAAUAAAAACGUGAGAAAUGCGCGUCAGAUAAAACGCUUCGAGUUGCCCACACCGCACGCACAUUUCCGACCUACCGUAACCCAGAAAUUUCAGUGUUGCAUCGCAGAAGGAGUUGCGGACACAUCCGCGGGCGACAAAUGCUUGGCUUUUUGUGAUCAACGACCCAACCGAUUUACACCGAUCGACGCUUCCUACCUGCCCUGCUACGACGUUUUUGAGAACAUGAAGAAGUGUUUCUUUAUCGAAAUCAGGUUUCUCGGAUAUUUUUUGAAUUUACAAAGUUUACGAAUGCGAAACUUUAUUGUGUAAAAUGCGGCUUUUGAUGCAUUUUUUAUAAAUUUUCUGUUCACAUUCUGAGUUUCAAGUAGAAUGACGUCAUUCGAAAACGCUCUGUAAAUGGCUCGCUCUCUUAUUGGUUUAUAACGCAAUUAGGGGCGGAGCUUGAGCGAUGACUUGCCAUCCAAAAUCUGGAGAGAUUAUGGGCGCAAAAAAAACCAAAAAAAAACCGAAUCGGAGUUCGAAAAUUCAGGAUUUCAUCCGCAAUCGGUAACAUCCUUCCAUGAAAAAUUCGAAACACUUUAUUAAUUUUUUUCAGGAAAAGAGCCGAAUCAAAGUUCUCCAACUACCGGAUCGAGAGCGUAGGCGGCGGACAAUUUUAA